AUGGCUGUCACAAACUCCCACACGAAAGGCUGUGUGUGGAUGUGUUUACAAGUCACUGGGCGAACACAGCUGUGUGAGAUGCUGUCAGACCAUCUGCCAAGUGGCCGGACCAGUUUGCAUUCCCACCAGUGGAUGACAGCUCCUGAUGCUCACGUCCACACCAGCCGGGUCCUCAUGCUUUGUGCCCAGCAUUGUGCAGUGCAAUGCGCUGCCACGCUGCUGCAAGCCCUGCUGUUGUCAAUCCAGCUGCUGCAAGCCCUGCUGUUGUCAAUCCAGCUGCUGCAAGCCCUGCUGCUCUUCAGGCUGUGGGUCAUCUUGCUGUCAGUCCAGCUGCUGCAAGCCAUGUUGCUGUCAAUCCAGCUGUUGUGCCCCUGCUGUGGGUCCUCCUACUGUCAAUCCAGCUGCUGUAAACCCUGUUGCUGCCAGUCCAGUUGCUGCAAGCCCUGCUGCUCUUCAGGCUGUGGGUCAUCUUGCUGUCAGUCCAGCUGCUGCAAGCCCUGCUGCUGUCAAUCCAGCUGCUGCAAGCCCUGCUGCUGUCAAUCCAGCUGCUGCAAGCCCUGCUGCUGUCAAUCCAGCUGCUGCAAGCCCUGCUGCUGUCAAUCCAGCUGCUGCAAGCCCUGCUGCUGUCAAUCCAGCUGCUGCAAGCCCUGCUGCUGUCAAUCCAGCUGCUGCAAGCCCUGCUGCUGUCAAUCCAGCUGCUGCAAGCCCUGCUGCUGUCAAUCCAGCUGCUGCAAGCCCUGCUGCUCUUCAGGCUGUGGGUCAUCUUGUUGUCAGUCCAGCUGCUGCAAGCCCUGCUGCUCUUCAGGCUGUGGGUCAUCUUGUUGUCAGUCCAGCUGCUGCAAGCCCUGCUGCUCUUCAGGCUGUGGGUCAUCUUGUUGUCAGUCCAGCUGCUGCAAGCCCUGCUGCUCUUCAGGCUGUGGGUCAUCUUGUUGUCAGUCCAGCUGCUGCAAGCCCUGCUGCUCUUCAGGCUGUGGGUCAUCUUGUUGUCAGUCCAGCUGCUGCAAGCCCUGCUGCUCUUCAGGCUGUGGGUCAUCUUGCUGUCAGUCCAGCUGCUGCAAGCCCUGCUGUUGUUAA